AUGAGGGCAAAUGCCCGGGAGGUCGAAGUACUCCUGAAAGGCGUAAUCAUGAAAAGGGAGAGGGCGAUGAUGGAUGGCCAUGCCGACAACGACGAUCUACUAGGCGUGAUGAUGGAGUCCAACAUAGAAGAAAGCCAUGAAGCCGAAAGCUCCAAGCCCAAGAUGACCGCCGCCGACAUAGUAGGGGAGCUGAAGCUCUUCUAUUUCACGGGCAUGGAGACUACCGCGGUGCUGCUCACAUGGACAAUGGUCGUGCUACGCAUGCACCCGGAGUGGCAGGACCGCGCCAGGGAGGAGGUUUUGCACGUCUUUGGAAAGAACCAGACGGAUUUUAGGGGCAUAAACCGGCUUAAAGUUGUGACAAUGAUGCUACAUGAGGUUCUUAGGCUAUACCCACCGAUUCUACUACUUGGUCGGGAGGCGUAUAAAGAGACAGAGCUGGGAGGCGUCACAUAUCCAGCCGGCGUUACAUUUGCACUGCCAAUUGUGUGCAUUCACCAUGAUCCAGAUGUGUGGGGAGAAGACGUCGAUGAAUUUAAGCCGGAGAGGUUUGCGGAGGGCAUUGCCGGCGCAUCCAAGAACUUGCUGGCGUUCUUUCCGUUUGGCUGGGGACCGCGGAUUUGCGUCGGGCAGAACUCUGCAUUGCUUGAGGCCAAGAUGGGAUUGAGCGUGAUCCUGCAACGCUUCAUGUUCGAGCUCUCACCAUCCUACACGCAUUCGCCUUGCCCGGUCUCCACUCUACAACCCCAGCACGGUUCGCAGAUUAGGCUCACGAAACUCUAUGAAUUAGCAGCCUUUACCAAUUAG